AUGCGAAAUCUUUCCACUGGCCUUUCCCUCAACAUUGAUAAUCUAUCAUCCGUAAACACAAUUUCAAAGAUUGUAGAUGGUACUUCAGCAUUGGAGAAAUCCUUGUCGAAGAAAUCCGGAUCAAAGAAAGUGCAAUCGUCAUCGGAGAAUCGAGAGAAUAUCAAGGUAGCAAUUAGGGUAAGGCCACAACUUGAUUAUGAGAAGGAUCAUGAAGAGUCUGUAUCAGUUGUUGAUGAGAGUACAAUUGUAAUUAGAAAGGGAAAGUCAAGAUCUGAGAUGUUUUUUGAUAGAGUGUUCCCUAAAGAGACAACUCAACAAGAGCUUUACGAAGUUGUAAAAGACACAAUUGAUGCGGUGACUCAGGGAUAUAACGGAACAAUUUUUGCUUAUGGUCAGACAGGAACUGGAAAAACAUACACUAUGAUGGGUAUUGAUUUUAGCUCUGAAAAUCUCUCAGGAGAUGAUUCAAUGAAAAAAAUAACAAUGCAAGAAAAUAGAGGAAUAAUUCCGAGAUCGGUCGAACACAUUUUGUCUACCAUAAGGAAAACAAAAAAGACCACAAGAUACAGAGUUUAUUGCUCUUAUCUUGAGAUUUAUAAUGAAAAGAUUUUUGACUUGCUCAAUUAUAAUGACAAAAUUAGCCACUUAGAUAUUCGAGAAGAUAGAAAGAAGGGCGUAUAUGUUCAAGAUUUGACAACCGUUUGUGUAACAAAGGAAGAAGAAAUUUUUGCCUUAAUGGAGCGAGGUGCAAAAAAUAGAAGCAUGGCUUCGACGGACAUGAACGAGCGAUCAUCAAGAUCUCACACAAUUUUUCAAAUGUUCAUUGAACAAGAGCCGUUGAAUCCAUCCAGCCCAGAAGAAGCAGUUGUAAAGGUUUCAAAGCUUAAUUUGGUUGAUUUAGCUGGUAGCGAAAAAUGGAACACAAUAUAUUCGUCGAAGAUGGGAGAAAAAAGGAUUCAAGAAUUGACAUCAAUUAACCAAAGCUUAUCGACAUUGGGAAACUGUAUUUCAGCUCUCAUGCAAUCGAAUAGAAGCCACAUUCCUUUCAGAGAUUCAAAAUUAACAAGACUAUUGCAGGACUCACUUGGAGGAAAUACCAAAACAGUGUUUGUCGCAACUGUUUCGUCAUCCGUCCUCGCGUAUGAUGAGUCCCAUUCAACUCUUAAAUUCGCAGAUCGAGCAAAGAGGGUUGAACUCAACGCAAGGGUAAAUGAGGUGGUUGAUGACUCAGUCCUUAUAAGAAGGUAUGAGAAAGAGAUAGAAAGAUUACGUCAAAGCGUUGAGCAACAUUCUAAAGCUUCAUCUAGAGUGAAAAGUUUGUUGGAAGAAAAUUCCAAACUAAGAGAGGAGAACAAGCAGCUUCGCGAUUUUAUCAAUAACCACGGAAUUGGAUCUGUCCCUUCAUUAGGAAAUGUGGAUAUUAACAUUCAUUCAAGAAUGCAUAAGAAACUGGAAGCGUUAGAAGAGAUCGAAAAGGAUCAAAGGGGAAGAGAAAAGGAAUUAGAAGAGUAUCAUAACUGGUUACACUCUAUUCCUGUUAAAUAUGAGGGAGAGGAGUAUAGCUUAGAUAUUAAGGAGCGUUUAAAACUUAUGGAAAUAUCUGUUAAAAUGCAGGCGCAAGAGCUCGAAAGGACAAAAAUGUUAUUUUUGAGAGAUAUUAAGAUUGUUAAGGAUGAAUUAGAUGAAAAGACUUCUGAGUUGCAGCACCUACAUGUUAGACUUAAAGAAAGAGAGGAGAGAAUAAAACAAUUGGAGGAAGACAAAGGUAAUAUAAAGCCUAACCCACCUAUCCCACAAGUUAGAACCAGCAAUGGCGAGGGAAAAACAGAAAUUCCUAGUCAGCUUUUGACAGAGUAUAGCAAGAAGAGCGAGGAAAUCCAUAGAAAUCUGACUAUUGGGAUAUCUUCUUUCAGAGAAAGCUUAAUUGAAAUGAUGCAGGAAUAUUUAAAAGAAACCCUUGGAGACUCAGAGUAUUUACCUGUAAUUGUAGAAGAAUCAAAGGGGUUAAUUGAAGGAUGUUCCGAGGCUUUGGAAGAAACAACUCAAAAUGCUCAAAGGGAGUUUAUCGAUUCUACAAGACGUUUCAUUGAAAAAUUGUGUAACACUAUUGGUGAAGGUCCUGCAUCGACUCCAGAUGCUGGAAAAUCCAUUGAUUCCUACUGCAUUUUUGAUCAACUUGCUGAGUUUAUCAAAAACUGUAUUUUGGAUGCCACAAAACAGCAAGAUGAUCCUUAUUGGAAAAGUGUUUGUGAGCGCAUUUCUCAACUCAGAGAAAUGGAAGGAAAUCUGUUCAUGACUCUAAAUCAAUCUAAAAACAAUUUAGAGAGGUUUUUACAAAUACUGUCGAAGCUUGAAAAGCCCUCGCUUGAAGAAUUUGAGUUUUACAAGUCCUACAUCAAUGAUGCUGUUUCACAAAUUUCAAAGAAUAUUGAAGGUUUUAUGAAACGAUCGUUUUUAUCGGAACAUGACGAGUCUGCAUUAUGUUCAAUAAAGAGAUGA